AUGGGGCCCCGGGUGAGCUCCUUCCUGGUCUUCCUGCUGCAGCUACUCAGUGAGGCCCAAGGUGAUGUGCUGCCCACAGUGUGUGGCCACUCGGAGGAUGUCGGAAGGAUUGUGGGUGGCCAGGAUGCCCAGGCAGGACAAUGGCCGUGGCAGGUCAGCCUGAGUUUGAUCCCCCAAGGGCACAUAUGUGGGGGCUCCCUCAUCCACUCACGUUGGGUGCUCACAGCUGCCCACUGCUUGCUCAGGUCUUCCAACCCUCAGCUCUACUAUGUGAAGGUUGGAGGGCUGACCCUCUCCCUUUCGGAACCUAACUCAUCCUCCAUGUCGGUGACGAGGCUCAUUGUCCACCCCUCGUAUAAUGGACAGCCGAUGACCAGUGGAGACAUCGCCCUGGUGCAGCUGGAUGCCCCCGUACAGCCCUCACAGGCUACCCCUGUCUGUCUCCCAGGACCCCAGGUCCCCUUCCCCAGUGGGACCUUGUGCUGGGUCACAGGCUGGGGCUCCACCCAGGAGAGAGUCAUGGCGGACACCCUGCAGGAAGUGGCAGUGCCUCUCCUGGACACAGAAAAGUGUGAGCAGCUAUACCACCUGCAGGAGGAAGCCAGCUCGGCUAGGCAGCGCUUCAUACAGGAUGACAUGCUCUGUGCAGGCUGGGAAGAGGGAAAGAAGGACUCCUGCCAGGGAGACUCAGGGGGUCCGCUGGUCUGUCCUAUCAAUGACACGUGGAUCCAGGCUGGGAUCGUGAGCUGGGGAUUCGGCUGUGCCAGGCCGAACCGACCCGGUGUCUACACACGCGUGUCCACCUACACUGACUGGAUUCACAGAACCCUGAAUGAGUCUGCAGCCUUCAAUUCUGCACCUAUGAGCACCUCCGGGCUCCACAGGACGCUGCUGCUGCUGCUGCUACCUUUGACCUGGUCCUGGUUGGGGACCCUGUGA